GUCGUCGCCUGCUACCAGAACGGCGGCCUGGUGCAGAUCGACCUCCAUAGCAGAGUGGCGCCGAAAACGCUUCCGCUUGAAACUAUUCCACGACAAGUCGUAGCCUUUAGCUCCAAGGGCGAAGUUGCGUACGCCAUCGAUCGCUUCAAGUUGGGCGAAAUCCCCUUCGAUGAUGUGUACGUUUUUCAUAUCUUGUGUCGUUGACAGACAGGAAGACAGAAUAUUCUGCGCACUGGCAGGUUGGCGGCCGGCAUCGCAAAGCGCCGGGUGACCACGCUUACGAGCCUGUGCAGGCCAUGGGCGUGCUUCCGCUGGGCUGGGUCGACAAGGACGAGUUCGCUUACAUCGCGAACCACUAUCGUCUCGAGGGCAUGACACCUAUCCAGCUCUGUCAGUGGAACCGCGACGUCGCAUCCAUGUGCAGUCGAACAGACGACGCGCGCGCUUGGGACUUCCUCAUUGGCAUCUUUGAUGAGUUUGGGAAGACGAACGAAGGCAUGUUCAAUGAGUCUGUCUUCUCGCAGGCGGCAACAAUAAUGCCGGUUCGUCCCCCUUCACCACAUGGUCUGGAGACAAGACGACCAAGCGACGAGACGAUUAACGCGGGUGCCUUUCCCGGUGUCCCGAUGCUGCGAGGAGAGGACUUGGUUGCGCCCGAGAUUGAGCCUUCGGAUGGCGGCUCCGGCUCGUCUGAAUCCGAUGGCCCCGAGACGCCACCAAGGAGCCGCUUCAAGUCGUUCGUCCCUCCAAACGCAAACGACGCACACCGCCCCAAUAUCGCCCACUGGGCGUCGUCCGGCUCCUCUCUUCUUGCCCAGAGUGGGAUUAUGCGCAACACAAAGAAGCUGGGUUUCGAGACUCCGCUUUCCGACGAGGAUGAAUCGGUUACUCCGACCGCAGACAUGGACUACCCAGAUGCGUAUGGCAUAUCCGCCGCGCUUGAGGCUGCGGCCUCUCAGCCUUCCAAAAUCGGUGCUGCACGCUCGCGCUCCUCUCGCUCCACACCACAGAGCACUCGUGCCCCGUCUCCAAACAAGGGCGGCAUGUCGAACGGGGGGCGUCGCAGCGCGACUGGGUCAGCGCGCGGCAGUAAGCGUCCCUCCGUAACCGACCGUACGAUGGACCGAGUUCAGCCUGUCACCAUCACUCGGCCAGCGCAGGAAGCGUUCCCGCCCGUCCAGUGGGACGAGUACCGCGAGGCGCGCACGCAGUCGUUCCUCGACUGGUGGGAGGCGUACAUUGACGACGUGAGUUAACGCUUAUGACCCUUCACUGACGAUAGGGCGAGGUGCAGCUAGCAACGGCGUUGUACAUUGUGGGGUCCAAGGUUAUUUCCUUCCCCGAGAAGCAAGCGGAGCGCGUG